AUGCGAUACCAUGCAGAACCCAAGGCGGAUGAUGCUAGAAGUGGUACUCAGGCCAUCCAAACCUAUAAGGAUGCUAUUGCGGCCACCAUCGACCAGCGGAAGAAGCUGUGGGACGAGUGCCUCCAGUUGGAUUCGCAGGUUGCCGCCGCCCAGAAGAAAAUGCUGGUGGCAGAGACGUCAUUCAAGCAAGCAGUGGAAGCUAAAGAAAACUGUAUGAAGUUCGACGGAAUUGUAAGUCUAAUUGCCUCGCUGGCGUCGUUUCCUGCAGAGGUCAGCGAUGUGGCGAAGAAGGUUGGCGAAUCGCCGUUCUCGGGGGCCAGUAUCAAAUUCGCGACCACGUUGCCUUCGAGUGUCUCAGGGGUCUGCAAGACUAUAAACAUUCUCAAAAGUGAUUUCUCCGAUGCGGCAGCACAAUGGGACAAGACCCAGGCAGCUCUAGACGCCGAUGGGCCGGAUUCUGCCAAGCUGGCUGCAGAUGCUGCCGCCGUUGACGAUGACCUCGCGCCGUAUAUGAGUAUGCCCGCGGCCCAGGCCUACAGAGCAGCUAUACGAACCUAUGUGAAUCUCUGCAACGCGCGAAACACAAAGGUCAUUCAGUGCUCCAAGCUGGACGAGGACGUGUUGCAGUUGAAUGCGCAGAUCACCCAGACGCAGGCCCAGAUGGGCGAGCUACAAAGCGUGGAAAGUGGCAAGCUCGAUCCGACCCUCGCGCCCUACCGGACCUUCCUCCUGGGGUUGUACAACAAUUACAAAGAUAGCGUCAUGGACAAGUUAUUCUACGAAACUAUGGCCUAUCGAUACCGCACACUGCAGGACUUUAAGAAAGUCCUUCAAAGCGGGAAUACUCUGGCCGAACUGAACGUAAUGCAAGGCCGGAUCCUCCAGGCAGUAAUCAACUACGAGAAUGCAGUGAAUACCAUCGAGCAGCCCUUUGACCGUCUAGACACUCAUCCCAUGAGCAGCGCAACCGAGGACUCGAUUGUGGCCUUUCGACACGGCGGAGAUCUCGUCUUUUGCAUUCCUGCCAACGAGACUGCCUUCCAAGGGCUGGCACACAUUCAGCUAACAAAAUUCGCUGUCUCCUUGCCAGGGGUGCGGUUCACGUCGGACAACAAAAAGGUUUACUUGAGCUUGAAAUGCCAUGGUGACUCCACAGUGGUGGAUCCUAAUUCUGGCACUGUCUCACGAUUCACACACAACGCCGUCGUAGCGACGUAUGAAUAUGCAAUCAUUGAGAAGAACGGCAAGGCAGAGGAACGGUACCUUGCGGGUGGCGCGUUAGUUGACUCCGGUGACGGACAGGAUCAGAAGUCGAUAUCCCUGAGUCCAUUCUGCACCUGGAGUUUGAACCUUCCCGCAAAGUUAAAUGCUGGGGUGGAUGUCUCCCAGGUGAAGGAUGUGAUUCUCUCCUUUGGUGGUAAAGGGAUGCCUAUGUUAUCAAAGUAA